UAAGCUUCUAUAUAAUUAGUACAUAACUCUUCCCCACAAAUCACAAACAAACACACAAAACCCUAUUCUUAGAUCUCUCAUCUAGCCGCUUCUCGAAAACCAUGGUGGCACUCAUGAAAAAUCUAUGUUUUGCUUUCGUCAUCCUUACUUCUUUUGCGACCCUCUUCUCCGUCGCUGAUGCACGUCGGUUUUACGUCGGAGGUAGCCGCGAUUGGAUCAUGAAUCCACGCGAAAAUUACAAUACUUGGGCUGAAAGAAACCGUUUCCAAGUCAAUGAUACUCUUUACUUUAAGUAUGCCAAGGGAUCGGACUCAGUGCAACAAGUGAUGAAAGCAGAUUACUACGGCUGUAACGUUAGGAAUCCGUUAGAGAAGUUUGAUAACGGAGAGACUGAGGUUACUCUUAACCGAUCUGGUCCAUUUUAUUUUAUCAGUGGUAAUCAAGAUCGCUGUCUGAAGGGACAGAAGUUGAUCGUCGUUGUCCUAGCCAUCAGACAUCCCAAGAAGGUUCCUAUUUCUCCGGUGAAACCUCCUUCGACGACUCAACCUCCACAAGCUCACUCCCCUGAUUCUCCUGUUGCGCCAGCGAAGGCACCGUCAACGGCUCGACCUCCUAAAUCUCAUUCCCCUGUUUCUCCCGUUGCUCCGGCGAAGGGUCCCUCAUCUGCCGAGUCUCCAAAAGCUCAUUCCCCUGUUUCUCCACCGGCGAUAGCUCCGUCAACGGCUAAUUCUCCAAAAGCUCAUUCCCCUGUUUCUCCAGUUGCACCGGCGAAAGCCCCGUCAACUGCUCGACCUCCCAACUCUCACUCCCCUGUUUCACCGGUUGCUCCGGCGAAGGGACCGUCAACUGCCGAGUCUCCAGAAGCUCACUCCCCUGUUUCUCCAAUCGCUCCAGCGACCGCUCCGUCAGCAACUCCAACGCCUGAUCAUUCACCGGCUUCUCCAGCGCCUGAGAAUACUCCACCGUCGUCUCCAGCUCCUCCUCAAUCCACUCCGGCCGAUAACAUCAAUGCGCCAGCGGCAAGUACCAAAAAUGCAGCGAGUGUUGUGGCCGUUACUUCGGUUAUGACCACAGUAUUAAGUGUGGCUUUUACUGUCUUAAUGUUCGCUUGAGCUUUAACAAAUGGUUGUUCGUGUUUGAUUUACAUUUCUUUGUUGUGAUGCUGAGUUUUUUAUUCGAGUCGCUACUCUUUCAUCUGUUUAUUAUUUUUUCUGAGUGUCGUUAUUUUGUUGCA